AUGGAAAGGUCGUCAUCUCAAAAGCCUCCUUGCGCGAAGCCUGACACGACAUCUUCAAAUCGAUCUCUACCGCCCGCAGCCCACCUGGGUGCGAUUGUAAACGCUUUAGCGUUUUCGGAUACACAGACUCUGACAGAAUGGAUGUUCACGAAGAUACCCUCGAACCCGAAGACGCUCUCAGUGUACAUUCUGGUUAAGCUGGUUUUUGAAUCUGUGCGCCUACAGGACCUGCAAGUGUUGUGGACAACCGUUGAGACCACUUCUUCGGCCCGAAGGUCACCUGAUUUGACGAAGCGUGUGUCGACGAUGGCUAAUCUACUUGUCUGGCCAUCCAAAUACUUCUUCUACGCCAUAGGAAAUACGAGCGCGGUGUCUUUAACUGCAGAUCUUACCCUCGAAGAGCCUGCCCGUAUCUUACUCUUGGGUUGUGGUGACCCACGUAACAUUCUGCAUACAAUCUUCACCGAGCCUCGAAACUCUGGCCGCGCUCUGGACUUUACUUGCUGUGAUUUCGAUCCGGCGGUGUUAGCCCGGAAUAUGCUGUUAUUGACCAUGGUUGCUGAUCGCCAACCGUACGCCACGAUUUGGAACAUAUUCUUCCAUUUUCGCUUGGACAAAGAUUCACAUACCGCUCUCAUCGAUCAAUGCAAGAAGUUAAUUGAACACUCAGAGACCGCCCAGAAAUGGAAAGUCUCCCCAUACGCGUCAUAUAUAAAAAUGUCUACCGACUACACGCGCAAAGAACUCAGACGUCAUUGGACGCUAUAUGUUGGCAUGGAAGAGUUACCGAAUUCGCGACUUGCACCCAUACGCGAUGCAUUUGACCGACUAUCCAGGAAGAACUCCAAGGAAGGCACAAGCACGGCUACUCGUUCCCUGGGACCUCUUCGACUCCGCGGGUUGACGAUCCUUCCGGAACACUUCAGGAACUACUGGAAGACAGGUGUAACCUUUGUCGACGGAAAGAGAAUUGCCGCUGCGACAUUACUGAACCCGACCUUCGUCUAUUCUUUGGGCGGAGAAGGUUGCUCGGUCCACUAUGGAACCGAUCCCUUGAACGUCUUCCAUCUUGCUGCUUUAUUCGGCAACGCGAAAUCUGCAGUACCUAUGACGGAAGUCGUGAAGGCGGCAAAUCAAGAGUUCGCGGGUUGGUGUUCCUCUUAUCUCGACUCAUUAUCCUCUACUUCUCCACCCAUCAUCCGCUUUUUCGUCGGCGAAGCUACCGCCGUUUGCCGUGCGCUUCGCGCGUUUGGUGACGUGGGCAUACUCAAUCCGGGCGUCCCCGUGGCACAGUGGAAGACGCAGUUGAUACAGCUCAGCGGGGAUGAGUACUAUACAUCUGCUCCUGGUGGAGCUCCCGUGAACUUCAAUGUCAUUCACACGUCCAACCUGGAGGAUCACAUUGGAUUGCUGAACGUCCUCGUUACAUCUUUACCCCUCCUCUCGCGUGAACCAUCCAGUGUUCUAUACACCGAAUCACUUCUUUUCCUUGGGCAGGACUCCGCGACGAAGGAAUUCACAGAGCACCUCCACGCUGACCUCUCUGUCAUUGGUCUUCUCAUCGGUUUAUCUCCAGUCGAUUAUCUCUGUGGAUUUUCCACCCGAUCCAACACGCAUGAGCUAAUUAUGCACAGGCAGUCGAAACAAGGAGCAAAUGUAUCGCAGUUUCAACAGGUUACGACUUGGAAAGCACCCACUUCCGGAGAUACAAUUGCCUCUCAGACGGCAAAUAUCGCGUCUCCUGUGUUUGAUGAACAUCAGCUGGGGACCUUGCUUUAUGACAUCUACCAGUCCAUCUUCGAGCAAGAGAGCUCAAAGACGUUCUGGGCUGCCAACCAGAAGAACGUGUACAAAGCAGUUGGAGUCUCGAACCUUGCGCAUUACGGUCGAGAAUCCUUCGUCCUCUUGCUGCAGCUCAUCCGCCGUAGGCUUCAGCCCUCUGAGGAUUCAUGGACUCGUGUUAUGGACCGGUUUAUGUCACUCCAACUCGCCGCUUGGUCGAUCGAGUCAAUGGACACACUGCACUUACAAGAUUUUGGUGGGCAGUUACAUCGGCACGUUCCUGAUCUUGUGCGCAUUGUUCUCGUCGUCCCCCGUGAGAAACUUUCUGUGCUAGAAAACUCGAAGCCCGACGAAAUUGGCAAUCCACCACUGCAGUGCGACAUUUUUGGUAUGCGCCACCAAAACAUAUUCACCGCCGUACACGUUGCCUUUGGACGAGCGAUUCCCAUGGGAACAAAAUCUCGUCCACAUGUUAUUUUUGAAGAGGAUACGAGGGGUUGGGCAGGAAGCUCAUCGCUUGUUGUAUCCUUCGUUGCACCUUCUUGGCUUCUUUGUGCAGAGCCCCCAGAGCAGCUCAGCAUCGGCUUCGGCGUUCGCAAUACGCCUCUUGCAUGUGCAACUCUCAUCAAGAAGCUGGGUCUCGCUCUCCAUGUAUUCAGCGCCAAAUUGAUGGACAAGACCCUUGUUCAUGUCCUCCCCGAACACCCCUUGCCCUCGAGAUAUCCAUCUGAAUCAUUAGGCCGUAAAGAGCCAGGUGUAUUGUCUCAGAUCGGCAAAUCUGGGGCUGCGUCUGUCGAGUUGGAUGAACAGUGCGAAUUGAUCACGUCUUUGACUGCACGGGUGUCUAUUACCAACGAGGACUCUGCGCGGCUGUUCAGUGAAGCCGGCGGCAAAGUCGUUCCGCAAAUCACGCAGCUCUCGCCUUGUAUCAUCAGAGUUGCACUGGGUGACCAAACCCAGGAUAUAGUGUAUCCUUUCCCAGUCGCAGGAAGUGCGCAUCGGCUGCGCCUCGCUCGGAAGUCACGACAUAUUGAGGUUGUUGUACCGACCUCCAGAUCACUCAUGCCGGAUGGAAUGAAGCUGAAUCCGUUUCCCGUCAUCAACUCGAAAGGCCUGCUCCAUACGUGGAGCAUCCAUCGGGUUAAUCUGUCCGCCUUGCCCGUCCUUGACGUCAAGGCCAGAAAUAUCAAGGAGUGGCUCGACCCCCACGUCGCCUUCACGAUGUCCGCUCGCGAACUAUCACUCAGGAAGAAACAGCAGAUCGACACGCUGAUGUUCGUCAAAAACACCCUCCAGUCCAUUUUCGUUGGCGCCUCAGGAAUCCAAGGUGGAACUGUGCAUCGUCUAUUUGCUCUCCGCGAUAAGAAGACAAAUAAUUGCGAUACCUGCAUCUUUAUUGAUGAAAUUCGUUACGACCUGGCGGCUCAUACACUUAUCUGCGACGGGUAUGUCCUCCCUCUGACGGUGGAAAUAAUAAAGGAGAAUGAGAAGCCUUUCGCGAACCUGGUUCACCAGGGGAAAAUGAUCAAUAUUGAUGUGCUCGAAGGCGGGAUGCAGGCAUGGAAGCAGCUCUUGCCCGCCUUUGUGGAGAGGUGCCGGUCUUCAUGGACGCAUGGGGCGAAUUGUGAAUAUAUUGCUUAA